GUGAGUCUGGAUGGAACCCCGUACCCGAAGCGAACCUACCGUUAUCCAAGCAGCACGGAGGAGGAGUAGCCCGCCACAGCUCCACCACGUACGUACUACUUUUCCCCUCCACCGCGCGAAGCAAUGGCGGCCUCGCCGGCGCUGCUCUCGCCGCAGUACGCGCGCCCUUCCCCUCCUCGCCCCCGCCGCCUCCUCCCUCCACCUCUCCCCCCCUCGACGGCGGCAGACAGGCUGCGGCUGCGCGUCCGCCGCGGGCCUUCCCCCGCCCAAGCCAAGUUCGGCAAGUUCGACGCCGCGGACGCCCCCACGGAGGUCGCGCCCGCCGCUCCGGCGACAGAGGAGGUCGACGGCGCGGCGGGGAAGGCGGUGCUGGAGGACGACAGUUGCUUGCCGCCGGAUCUGGAGGGCGCGAUAUGGCAGUCCGGGAAGGCCAGCGCCGAUUUCGUCAACUCCGGCGGCAUGCGAGGCAUCGCAGAGCUGCUGAUCCCUCAGCUGGAGUUCCUCAACCAGGAAGGAGCGCAGGCCGAGGUCUGGGCGCUGUCGAGGAUACUCCUCGACACACUCGCGGAAGAGACUGGCCAGGUAGUUAAGGCCAUCUUCCCUGACGCUGGAGUGGCUGCCCUUCUCAAGCAUCAGUGGCAAGAUGCAAAGUUCAAGUGUGCAAGUCUUAGCGACCGAAAGCCAGUUGAUACCGAUGAUGGAGUUGUUGUUAUGAUAAUCCCUGAUCACCAGAUGCUUGAAUCAGUUGAACGCAUUGCAUCUCAACUCGCUGAUGAUCCCAUAAGACCUCUUGUCAUGUGGAACCCACGUCUUGUUAGUGGAGAUGUUGGCGUGGGAUAUAAUGUUCGGAAUCUACGCAGAAAUUUCUUAAGUACCUUUACCACUGUUUACUCGAUGAGGCCAUUGCCUACUGGUGCAAUCUUCAGAUGCUAUCCGGAAAAGUGGAAAGUGUUUUAUGAUGAUCCAAAAAGACCCAACCGGUAUUUGCUCGCCAGAGAAUCUUCAAGUCGCCCUGAUGCAACAGAUAUUGAGAUAAUAUUCGGCGGUGGGGGCGCCAGCGAGCAACCUGACGAGGAACCUUCAAUGAUGAACAACGUCAUGGCUGCGUUUAGUUCGGUGAGCCGGUUUAUGAGAGUCAUCUCCAAGUGAAAAAUUCCAGACAGCUUUCCUCACAUUUGAAGCCAUCAUAAGACAAAGGUUUGUCAAGGAUGGUGCUUGGGCAGGGUUACUCACUACUGAUGUUCAGAAAUCAGAAGUUCAAAACAAUGGUUUGCACAUGGUCGUUAGCAAAGGUUAAAACAGUGUCUGUGUACUGUACAGUAUACACACAUCAUAUCGGAUCUGUAUGAUUGUUGACCAUGUAGUUCGUAGUUUUCUUUUUC